CGUUGCCCCGGUGAAGGAGCCUGGGUCUAAUAACAUCAAGUAUGCAGACGUGUCAACAAAUUCGUCAUGGCGGAAGGCCAACUUGGAAAGAAAAUACAGGUUGAGGCUUUUCCAUGCUCGUAAAAAGAUAAGGAAAAUAUUUGCAGUGGCUUCAGCAUCAUGUUUAAAAAUCUGAAGCAGAAGAUUGCGACAGGACAAGAGGGUGUGAGUCCAGGAAGGCAAACUCCACUUAGGGGAAGUGUUCCGGAGAGAGGCUCAAAAUCACCCCAAGUGAAGACGCAGGAGAAAAAGGCAGCUCAAGACAGCAAUAAGGCAGAAAGUCAUCCUGGUACACCAGUUUCUUCUGACAAGUCAACAAGAAGAAAUUCUCCUCAUGAUGUUUUAGCUAGAGUUCACCAUCUUCUUGAGGUUGGAAAAGCACAAGCAGAAAAUAAUGGGAUUUUGGAUCAGCAAGAAAGUACGGAUAAAGAUGUUUCUGACCCCCUUGGAGUUUCAAGUUCAUCUGCUGUAUCUCCUGAUUUGAGGCAAAAGGAAAAUAAUGCAGGAAGCCAACGAAAAGACUCAAAAACCUCAACACCAAGCUCUGUUCCUUCCACACCAAAGAGUCACAAAGCAUUAGACUUCUCUAUGUCAUCAGCUCAGUCUACUCCCUCUCACGAGAGAUCUGAUCACGAAAUGGAUCUUGAUACUUCAACUGCAAUUAGCAGUCUUACUCCUGAUGAGCUCAUGCAUUUAUACAGGAAGCAAGAAAAGACAUUAAGCAGAUACAAGACAAGGUUUACAGAGGUUGUUGAUGCAUAUAAAGGUUUGCAAAAGGAAAAAGAAAAGCUUGAGAACACCCUAACUUCAGGGCAAGACAAACAACUCAGGAGGGUAAAAGAACUGAAAGAGACAAUUGAGCUAGAGCAACAGGCAAAAAGACACAUGGAAGAAGCAAUGCGUUUGUCAUUAGAAGAAAAAGAUGAACUGAUAAAGGUUUUAGAAACAAAGGUUAGUUAUCUGAAGGAUUCUAGUGGAGCGAUACCAAACAAUCAGUCGCAUGAAAGUACACAAGGUACUCAUGAAGCUUCCAGUCAAAAAGUUGCAGAAUUGCAGUCAAAAUUGGAUGAACAAAAUAAAGAAAUUGAUAAGUUCAAGGGUCAGCUAAGAAGUGCACAUGAAGUUAUAAUUCGACUGGAGCAGGAGAAGAAGACUGCUUUGCAGGAAAUCAUGGAGAAUAUGCAAAAACUCGUUGCUGAAAAGAAUGAGUUCAAGGCUGAGGUAAUAAUGCAGAAAGACGAAAACAAAAAGAAGAGUGAGCUAAUUGAGAAGCUGCAAAAGGGUCAAGAAAGCAUGAGAAAGGAAAUCGAAAAGGAACUGAAGGAGAAAAUUCUAGAGCAGGCAAUCUUGAGGCACGAGAAAGAAAUGCAAGCUAUUUACCAGAAGAAAGAAGAUGAAUUAAAAGUCACGUUUUCGGAGAAGGUGAAGGAAUUUCAACGGUUGAUCGAACAGAAAAAAGAUUCACUGAAGAGCAAAGAUGAGGAAUUAGAGAAAUUUAGAUCCAAAAUCAAUGAUCUCGAUAAGGAAUUGAAAGUUUGUGAAGAAAAAGAUACGAACGCUAAGAAUAAAAUACAGGCACUGAUCAAAGAGCGAGGGGAUUGGGAAAAGAAAUGUUAUGAUGCAAACGCAAAAAUAUCUGAAGAGCAGGCAAAGGUGACUGAGUUGGUACAGCAACAUACACGGCAGUUGAAACUCAAGCAGGAUGAGCAACAGCAGCAAGUUAACAAGGUUAAAAGAGCAAGUGCAAGCAAGGUUAAUGAGUUGCAAGAGAUGAUAAAGCAAAACGAGGCUAAAAUUGCCGAAAUGGAGGCAGGUUUCACGAAGGAUAUGGAAAGUAAACAGAAGGAGCAGGAGUCGCAAAAGCACGUUGAAAUUAGCAAAGCCACGCGAAAGUAUGAAAGUAAGAUAAAUGAUAUGAAAAAGAUGAUUAAAGAGCUGCGUAAUGACAUUUCAGAGAAGGAAACUAAGAUACAGAACCAUGAAGAAAUCAUAGAAGACAUGCAGUCGAAGCAAAGCGAUUCAGAAAGCAUUGUCGCAGGAUUUGAAAAUCGAAUUGAAGAACUGACGAAAGAAUUGGAAGCAAAGAAUUUCGAGAUUGAAACAAAAGAAAAAAGGCUGCAAGAUGUAAUUGAAGAUUCUGAGGCACAGAUUCAAGAGGCUAGGAAGAACUAUGAGGUUAACUCAGACAAGCAGAAUGAAGAAGUUUCAAAGUUGAAAAACGGCCUUGCUUCAUGGGAAAAGGAAUUGAAAGAAAUCGAAAUAAAAUACAAGGCAUCUGAAGAAGAAUUGUCUGAGCUGAAGAGUUUGAACUCAAACUUCAAAUCUCAUAAUGAAAAAUUAGAAAAUGCAUUAAAGGAGUCAGAGAAGAAGGCCCAGGAGUAUGAAGAUCUUAAAACUCAGGAAAGAAAAGACUUAGAAAAAAAGAUAGAUGAAAUGCAGAUGGAAAUUGAAAAGGUAGAAAGCGAGAAGCUGAAAGGAGAAGAAUAUGUAAAAAAUAUUCUUGAAGAAGUAGAGAAUCUAAAAACCACAAAAGAUGAGCUAAAGAAAAAAUUAGAUGAAGAAAGAUCAACUACAAUGAAUGAGAUUAGUAAAACACGAGCUGACCUCGAAGAACGUGAAAAGAGUCUUGCUAACCAUGUAGCUGAAUUACAGGGUAAACUAGAGGAGACUGAAGAUAAAUUGGUACAAACAUCAAGACAAAUGGAAGGAAAGAAUAGCGAGAUUGCUAGUUUGGAGGAACUACUUAAAGGUGCACAAGAAGGAAUGUCUGCAAGCGAGAGCAAGAUGCAGGAUGAUCUUCAUGCAAAAGAAAUAAAGAUUGGUGAAUUAAUUAGGGAAUUAGAAAAGGAAAAGGACGAAAGGGGACGAGAAAGAAGUAGGCUAGAAACAGAUUUGCGAAAAAAUAACGAAAAUAUAGAGAGACUUGUUAAAGAAAAGGAAGAGAAAGAACUUGAAUUGAAGUCUGUCAAAACAGAUUCUGAGCUGAAAAUUGCAGCUUUAGAACAAGAAAGGGACGAUUUCAAAACCAAAGCAGCUGAGAUUACUGAAGAUUUAAAAAAGUCUGAAAUCAUUAGUAAGAAAUUGAACAAGCAAAAGAAAAUGGCUGAAGAACUUAACCAGAAACUUGAGAACGAUAUUAAGUUACUGAAUGAUAACAUUUUGGCAAAAGAAAAUGAUUUGCAACUGAAACUGAAAGACCUUGAAUCUAGAAAAGACGAUGAAAUUAGUGUUUUGCAAAGCAAACUUCAAGAAGCUCAUAAUGAUUUGACAGUGGCAAAAUCACUCCAAGAAGAGACGAAAUUGAAAAUCGCUAAAGUUGAAAAAGAUUUGCAAAUUGAACUAGAAAGGAAAAUUUCAGAAGAGAAACAGAAGUCAAGUAAGGAACUAUCAAAUCUAGUGCAGGAGAUUAAGUCAAAAGAACAGAAGUACAAAGAAGCUUUGGAUAAUAGUACCAAUGAAUCAAAGAAAAAAUAUGAACAGCUUGAUAGUAAAUACAGAAAAAUUUUGGCAGAUAAAGAGCAAGAACAUAAGUCAUUGAUACAGAAGCUGGAGAAAAAUAACGAAGAAAAGAAAAAAGAGCUGAGGAUUGAUUAUGAAAACAAAAUGUCAGAGAUGGAAGAUAAUUAUAAGAAUGGUAUCGAAGAACUUGAAGCAUCUUUAUUGAAGUUAAAGAGGGAAAAUGCCCAGGUCCACGAGAGACUUGUAAACUCGGAAAAACAAUCCAAUGAAGGGCUAAGUCACUGGAAAGACAAGGAAGUAAUAUUUAGAAAAGAGAUAGAAGAACUGAAAAAUAAGUUGCAUCGGACGAUCGAAGAUUAUAAAUCUAAAUUAGUAGAAUUAGAAAAAGAAUUGAUGAAUUCAAAAUCAGUAGCAGAAGAAUUAAAAAUGAAGGUUCUUUCUGGGGAAAGUAGUAGUAAGGAGAUAGAUAUGAAAUUUCAUGAUAUUAUGGAGGAGAAGCGUGUUCUUGAAGUUAAGCUUAUUACCAAAGAACAAGAGUUUUCUGAAAAACUUGAGCUUGCCGAAAAGACUUUUGAUGAACAAAAAAAACAUUUUGAAGAUCAGAUCAACAGUUUAGAGGAGGAAAUGGUAGUCAAAAAUAAAGAAUUUGAACGGACUUUAGAUUUACGGCUGUCCGAUCAGUCGAAAGAAUUGGGAGAGCAAAAUAAAACGAAGCUGAUGGACAUGAAGAAAAAGGCUGAAAGUAAAAUAGCGAAUUUAAAACGACAGCAGGCAGCUACUCUUGAACAGAAGGAUAGUAAAAUUAGUGAAUUGAUAUCGGCAGUGGAAGAGCUUCGGGCAAAUAUUGAUAGUGAAACAACGGCUAUUGAGAAGAAGGCAGCUGAUCAAGAGACAGGUUUUCAAACUAGGCUGGAUGAGCUUGAAAGCCUUAAAAAUGCAGAAAUUGAGAAGCUGAAGGAAGAGUUAGCAAUGAAGAAUACUGAUCGAGAGGAGUUAUCUAAGAAGAUCGAUGAUUUGAUAGAAAAGCUAGAAAAGAAAACCAUCGAGAAAAUGGAUGCUUUGAAGCAACAGAAAGCAGAUUUUGAUGAGGAAAAUGAUAAAAGAGUUGAGAAGAUACAAAAGGAAUUUGAUAAGAAAACGGAAGAUAUGAAGAGAAAAUAUGAAGCUCAAAUAGAAGACAAAGAAUAUGAAUACACAUCCCGCGUUAAAAGUGUCAUCAAGGAAUUCCAGGCAAAACUUAGCGACAAAGAUCGGGAACACGAAGAAGGGCUAGAUGAUACAUUAGAACGAAUGCAGAAAGAAGAACAAAGGGUUGUAUCUCAUUAUGAAGAUCAGAUACUUGAACUUAAAAAAGAACUGAAAUUAAGAGAGGAUGAUAUGAAAAACUUAAAGGAAGAUAUGGAGAAGCAAUUGAAGACCAUCGAGAAAAGUAUGCAAGACCAACAGGAGAAACAUGAAGAAGAAUUUUUGGAUUUAGAGAAGAAUUAUGAUAGCAGAGUCCAUGAAAUGGCGAAGAAGUACGAAGAUGACCUUGAGAGCUUUAAAACACAAGGAAAGGUUUUAACAGAGCGACAUCAGGGUAGUGUUGAUGAGAUCGAGCAAAGACAUUUGCAAAAAAUGGCAGAGCUGGAAGAAAGUCAUAGAAAAGAAAAGGCUAAUAUCGAGAAGAAACUGAAGAUACAAAUGAAGAAAAAUCAAAGUGAAAUGAAGAAGUUAUUGGUAGAGAAAGGCGCUUUGCCUGCAGGUAGAAACACGAAGGAAAAUGAAGAUUGGGAGCUGUAUAGCCACCUGAAUAAUGGCAGUAGUGAGAUUGAAGCCGACCAAGGAGCAGUUUCUGAUUUGAAGGCUAAAAUCAGCAUGCUAAACGCCGAGUUGACGGCAUAUAAGGAAAGAGAGCGCAGUUUAAAGCAAAAGCUCGAAAAGACGCCGAAAAAUGGUCGACCGGACACACUAAACAUUAGUGGGAACUUGAACACUUCUGUAUCCAGCUCACCAUCCACUCCCGAACCAAUGGAAUACGAGUACCUGAAGAAUAUACUCUAUCAAUACAUGAUGGGACGUCAGAGAAAGCAAAUGGCAAAAGUUCUUGCCGCCAUUGUCCAUUUCUCUCCUUCGCAAACACAACAAAUCGUGGAUAAUGAGGAGCAGUUAGAAACUGCCAUGGUAAAAUCGUCGUCCUGGUUCUAAACUGCUACUGAAUGCAUUUCUAAAUUCCUACGGAGAUUGCUAUUUAAAUCAACUUUAAAGAUAUUUAUAUUUCAUUGAAGAAUAAUUAUGUAUAUGGUGAUGUGUUAAAAUGUCUUUAAUUCAAGUAUAUAUAGUCUUAGAUUAAAUUUGUCAUAGAAAUUAGUCGAAAUAAUUUAGUUCUACAUCACAAGCAUUCAAAAUUUUAAUGUAUUUUUGUUCCUGGAGUUGUUCAGUUGCUCUUGAUCAGAAAAAUGGUGUU